AUGGCCCCCAGCUGGUCUCCCCGCCUCCCUGCCAAGCUCCGGCUGUCAGUGCUGGACCAGGUGCCCCCGCCGCGGCUGCUGCCCCCUCUGCUGAGCGGGAGCUCGUCGUUCGUGCUCAAGGGAGACGCGGCGCACAACCAGGCGAUGGUGCACUGGACGGGCCAGAACAGCAGCGUGAUCUUGAUCCUGACGAAAUACUACCACACGGACACGGGGAAGGUGCUGGAAAGUUCUCUGUGGCGGUCGGCGGACUUCGGGACGACCUACACCAAGCUCAUCCUCCAGCCCGGCUUCACCACCAUCAUCAACAACUUCUACGUGACCCCAGCCAACAAGAAGAAGAUCUUCUUCCUGAGCUCCUCGCUCAGCAGCGGGGAGCAGAGCCUGUUCCUCAGCACGGACGAGGCCUCCACCUUCCAGAAGCAGCUCAUCCCCUUCACUGUGGACAGGUUCAUCUUCCACCCCAAGCACGAGGACAAGAUCCUGGCCUACACCAAGGACAGCAAGCUCUACGUGACGUGUGACCUGGGAAGGAAGUGGAUGCUUCUCCAUGAGCAAGUGACCAAAGAGCACGUGUUCUGGUCUGAGUCUGGAGUGGGCGCCGAGCCUGACCUGGUCCACAUGGAGGCCCAUGACCCUCUAGGAGGUGUUCAGUACAUGACCGCCUCCAUCCACAACUGCACCGGCAAGCGGCUGAGCGCCCCGUUCGCCGGCCCCAUUGACCGCCGGUCUCUGAUCCUGCAGGACGACUACAUCUUCCUUAAGGCGACCUCAGCCAACCAGACCAAAUACUACGUGUCUUAUCGUCACAAUGACUUUGUCCUGAUGAAGCUACCGAAGUACGCAUUACCAAAGGUGAGAGGUUUCCUUGAGGCCCCUGUGAGCCAGGUGUUCGUGGCGGUGCAGGAGUGGUACCAGACGGACACCUACAACAUGUACCAGUCGGACCCGAGCGGCGUGUUCUACUCGCUGGUGCUGGAGGACGUGCGCAGCUCCCGGCAGGCCGAGGGGGUGAUCGUGGACAUCCUGGAGGUGCACGGGGUGAAAGGAGUCUUCCUGGCCAACCAGAAAGUCAAUGGGAAGGUGAUGACGCUUAUAACCUACAACAAGGGCCGCGACUGGGAUUACCUGCGGGCGCCCAGCGUGGACAUGAACGGAAAGCCGACCAACUGCAAGCCCCCCGACUGCCACCUCCACCUGCACCUGCUCUGGGCAGACAACCCCUACGUGUCAGGCACUGUGCACACCAAGGACACUGCCCCAGGCCUCAUCAUGGGAGCAGGUAACCUGGGCUCCCAGCUGGUGGAAUAUAAGGAAGAAAUGUACAUCACGUCCGACUGCGGGAACACCUGGCGGCAGGUGUUCGAGGAGGAACACCACAUCCUCUACCUGGACCACGGCGGCGUGAUCGUGGCCAUCAAGGACAGCUCCAUCCCCUUGAAGAUCCUCAAGUUCAGCGUGGACGACGGUGUCACGUGGAGCACCUACAAUUUCACCGACACCUCCGUGUUCGUGGACGGGCUACUGAGCGAGCCAGGCGAGGAGACCCUGGUCAUCACCAUCUUUGGCCACAUCAGCUACCGCUCCGACUGGGAGCUGGUCAAGGUGGACUUCAGGCCCUCCUUCCCCAGGAUGUGCGGGGAGGAAGACUACAGCGCCUGGGACCUCACCAACCUGCAGGGUGACGGCUGCCUCAUGGGCCAGCGCAGGAGCUUCCGGAAGAGGAAGGCCACAUCGUGGUGCAUCAAUGGGAAAAACUUCACAUCGGCGCUCACGUCCCACGUGUGCCCAUGCCAGGACUCCGACUUCCUCUGCGACUAUGGAUUCGAGCGCUCCCCCUCCGACACCAACAAGUGCUUUGCCAACUUCUGGUUUAACCCCCUGUCCCCCCCUGACGACUGUGUCCUGGGCCAGACCUACACCAGCAGUCUUGGGUACCGGAAGGUCGUGUCCAACGUGUGUGACGGCGGUGUGGACCUGUCUCAGAGCCCCGAGCAGCAGCAGUGCCCCCUGACCCCGCCCCGCGGCCUGCAGAUCAGCGUUCUCGGGGACCAGGGGGUGGCCCUGCGGCCAGGGGAGGACGUCCUGUUCGAGGUGCGGCAGGAGCAGGGCGACGUCCUGACCACCAAGUACCAGGUGGACCUUGGGGAUGGCUUCAAGGCCAUGUCCAUGAACCUCACGCUGAGACGGGAGCGCCUCCGGCACUGCUACAAGAGCCCCGGCGUCUACCGCGUGGCCGUCAGGGCGGAGAACGUGGCGGGGCGUGACGAGGCGGUGCUCUUCGUCCAGGUCAACUCCCCCCUGCGGGCCCUCUACCUUGAAGUGGUUCCUGUCAUUGGCAUCAACCAGGAGGUGAACCUCACAGCCGUGCUGCUGCCCCUGAACCCCAACCUCACUGUCUUCUACUGGUGGAUCGGCCACAGCCUGCAGCCCUUGCUGUCCCUGAACAACUCCGUGACGACGCGGUUUGCGGACCCGGGGGACGUGCGUGUGACGGUGCAGGCAGCCUGCGGGAACUCGGUGCUGCAGGACUCCAAGGUGGUCCGCGUGCUGGAUCAGUUUCAGGUGGUGCCUCUGCAGUUUUCCAAGAACCUGGACACGUACAACCCCAACACCCCCGAGUGGAGAGAGGACGUCGGCCUGGUGGUCACCUCGCUCCUCGCCAAGGAGACUGGCAUCCCCAAGGAGCUGCUGGUGACGGUGGUGAAGCCGGGGCUGCCCACCUUGGCCGACCUGUAUGUGCUCCUGGCCCUGCCCAGGCCCACAAGGAAGCGGAGUGUCACGGGUGACAAGAGACUCACGGCCGUCCAGCAGGUGCUGAGCGAGCAGAAGAUCAGCUUCCUCCUGCGGGCUGGGGUUCGGGUCCUGGUGGGCCUCAGGGACGCAGACACAGGCUCUCAGAGGCUGGGAGUGAAGGGCAGCUACUGGGUGGUGACCGUCCUGGUGGUCAUCGGACUGUUCCCCGUGGGAGCCGUCAUCCUCUACAAGUUCAAAAGGAAACGCCCUGGCAGGACGGUGUAUGCCCAGAUGCACAACGCGAAGGAGCAGGAAAUGACCAGCCCCAUGAGCCACAGCCAGGACGUCCAGAGCGCCGUCCAGGGGAACCACUCGGGCGUGGUCCUCAGCAUCAACUCCCGAGAAAUGCACAGCUACCUGGUGAGCUGAUGCCUGCAGAGGCCUCCUCUCCCCUCUCCGUGGUCCCAUCCCGUGGAGGGAACAGAGCCAUACACGUGGCCGGUGCCCAUGCUGGGACUGGCAUCCCCUCCAAGGCCUGCGGAAAAGCCACCGCCUCCAGCUGUCCCCACGCAAGGCGACAGAUGCCCCCGCCUCUGCUCAGUUCCCAGGAUGCACGGGGCCUGCUGACUGCUACCCUCCCUGGACACCAGGCCCAAGGCCCCCCACCCCGACUCUGGGCAUGUCUCUGCCCCUGGACCCUGUGAGGCUGCCCUGGCUGCUCCAUACCCCACGGUCCCUGCUGAGGCCUGACUUCUGGUGGCCAGGGCAGGUCUGCUGGGGGACAGAGAGGUGAGCCCGCCUGGCUCCCACCCUCCCGGAACCACAGACCAGCUCAGCGGCUGGCCCCCCGCUCCGCCCUGCACAGGGACACAGGCCCUUCACACCCCCACCAGGAGGGCGGCUCCCGCCUGCACGGCCCGAGGCCGCCCACCCCAGGCCCUGCCCUGCCCCCCACCGUGUCCCUUGCUGCCCCUCUUUUUAAACAGCAGGAAAUGUAAAUACCUCUCUAGGUAGCUGUUGGCAUUUUGUUCAACUUUCUAUUUUUACGGCCAACUGGCGGGCACCCAGGUGGCCGUCAGAGCCCCGUUCUCGGGAACACUCUUCCUAGAAUGCCCAGGGCUGCUCCUUGGCACCGUUUCUCCCAGGCCCAAGGGGCAGAGGCUGCCCCGGAUCUUCCCCCUGGGAGCCUGGGGCCUGAACCUCCACAGCCAGCCAGCAGGAGGCGCCCUCCUGCAGGCGCCCCGCCUCCCGGUGGCAGGUGGGACCGGGCGGAGACCCCAAUUCUGCUGCACUUCUUAGAGCUUCAGGGACCCAUAUAAAAACCCAGGAAUCAGAGAGGUUUAGGAGUGGGGGGGGUGGUUUAGGGUUGUUCCCCUCAUGAAAUAGAGAAACUGAGGCCCGGAGAGGGGAGUCUUUCCCGAGGCCACACAGCAGAGGGUGGCAGAGGUGCCCCCGGACCAGCCCUCUGCCCCGGGCAGUGAGUCUUCAUACAAGGGCCACAUCAGGGAUGCUGCCUCGGCUACAUGUGAAUAUAUGGGAGGGGGCACUUUUGCCUUGAGCCAGGAAGUCAGUCUCCCCCUCCCCUCACUGUCCCCCCACACAGGGCGCCCAGGUGGCCUGGCCUUUCCCAGGGGAACACCAGAGCCCCGGCUAGUAACCUGCUGGCCUGUUUGGGCAAGUCCAGAAUGAAGCCUGGGGGACAUUAACCCGAGUCCCUGUGGGAGGGGAGGCCAGGGGGUGGAACCUCACACCCUGGAUGGAGUGGGGGAUCCCUCCAGUCCAGUGCCCCGUGUCACAAAUGGGGACUCCCUGUGGGCCCCUCUCCCCACCCCUGCCCACCAGCUGGGGCUCCUGGGCGCCUUCUCCAGGGGUCAUCCCGCAAGUUGUCCUGGAGACCCUCCUUAGAGACCGGUGGGGCCUGAGGCCCCGGGCGGGAGGGGCCGAGGAUGGUGUGAGAAGAGGCUGGGCUCUCAGACCUUUGCCACAAGCCCCCCUUCCCUGCCCAGCCCACCUGCAGCCUCCAAAGACACCUUAGGGGAGCCCUGUGCCCCGACAUCCACCCCGCCGGACUGUCCCACGAGUGUCAGACACCAUUCAGCCCCAAGGCCAAGGUCAGCAUGGAGUCCUCUGGACACAGCCCCCCUCACCAGUGCCUACGGGUGACCACCCCCUGACCUGUAACCACUCGACUCCGUUCUCUCUGCUGCUUGGGUAGGGUUUGCCCUUGGUUAUUGGUGUUUCUCUUCUAUCUUACGUCAUUAUUUCUAUUAAGAGUAUUUUAGGGGUGUGGACCUGAGAACCUGGGAAUAAGGGGGCAUCUGAUCACCCCUGUGCUCCCCCAUCCCACAGCCACGCAGGCCGACACGCAGGCCCCGGGCGCACCCGGUUUCGCACCUGGGAGUGCAGCCGGUGUGCAGGUGCAGGGGCACCCGCCCGGGCCGCGCCCACACCUGGUAUAUGCACAUAACAAAGGUGCGAUCGAGUCUUAUUUUUCCUUUUUAAAAAUCAAUAAACCAUUUGUGAUGCUUUUAACAAAGAUUAAA